UCCCUCGCACAGAGAAGGUCGCUCUCAUGGCUCUCUGUGUCCUGACUUUAGUGGCUCUGGUUGGCGCCACGUGUGCCAGCUCAGUCAGUCACGUGUCCAUCAGGCUCGGCGACAGAGCUCCCAUCACCUACGAGGUCAGUCCUGAUGCCGCGCCCCACCGCCCACCACCUACCCGACAAUAUCCAGCACUUGCCCCUGCUUACCCCACCCCUCCACCCACGAGGUACACCACCGCUGCCCCCACCCCCUCCCGCAUAGCUUACACUCCACCAGCACUGACCUACCCUACCCCCACCACUCCUGACACUCCCAUCUAUCCACCCCCGAUCACUCCUGCCCGUGCAACCUACCCUCCACCCACCACUCCUGCCCCUGCCACCUACCCUCUACCCACCAAUCCUGCCCCUGCCACCUACCCUCCACCCAUCACUCCUGCACCAUCCACAUAUGCUCCUACCACCAGCCAGGAACCCACAACAUAUGCUUCCCCUCCCACUACUAAGGCCUCUAUCUAUCACCCUCAGCCCUACUAUCAGCCACGCCCAGCCUACCAUCCUAAGCCCGUCUACCGCCCAGCCCCGUCCUACAACCCCGCCCCAUCCUACCACCCCGCCCCGUCCUACAAGCACCCCGAGCCUGCCGUGCCCGCCUGUGCUGACCUGACCAACUCUACCUGGUGCCUCGAGGACGAGGCGUACCCAGAGUACGAGAUCAAGCACGCCAUCCAGUACCACUUGGACAAGUUCAACUCCCUGUACGCCGACGUGGCCGAACUUGACGCGGAACUCUCUGUAGAGCGUCCCAACACCCUGGAAGAGGAGACUUACCUCUGCCCCUCAGAGACCUCCUACAUCCGUCCCCUCCGUGCCCAGAACACCGACGGCAAGUGGCGCGUCAUCGUCAACAACAUUAACGUCCACUACAAGACCUUCACUCAGACCACCCGCGUAGAGGAGUGUCUCACUGCCGGUGACGACUGUCCCAAAGUGCCUGUAUGUUACGAGUCCAAGUGCCUGCAGAAGUCCAUCUACCACCGCUUCCUCGUCUACGACUCCUAUGAUCAGUACUUCCCCUUCGCCAUCGAGACCUUCAAGCUGCCCGCCAGCUGUGCCUGUCUGCUGGGUGCCUACACCAUCGACCACUAAGGCCGACGAAACUCUUCUCUGCAUCCUCAGUUUUAUCAAACGAGUAUACUAUAUCUGAAAAUAAACGAAGGUGACAUUAUUCAUAUGACUGUAGUUAAUGGUACGUAAAGAAAGCAGUUCUCUAGUCAUCUGUCUGUGAUAUCAUGCCGUUUGUAUUUAGUUGAGUUUAUUCAUAUACAAGAAAUCUCAGUGCAAUAUAAUGUAAUGUAGACUGAUACUAUCUAUUUUCAUUUAGAAUAAGUUUCUAUAUUUCUGUUCAUUUUUGUGUUUGUACUUCUCUAAAUAUACACUCCUGACUUUUGAA